AUCCUUCUUGUCACCAUACAGUUGAUACAGUUUGGUUACAGUAGAUCUAGCCUGGUAGAAUUUGAUGAGAAGAGUACUAUAGCAAUGGAGCACAUGUACCUCAGUAAUUGGGACAGUACAUACGAGACAAUGCCGUACCCUGCUGCGAUAGGAAAAUAUGCCUUGUAUACAACACAAGAAAUCAUAGAGCAUAUCAAUUUUGCUACUUGGAAGUAUGAUUGCACGGAGACAGAUGCAAUAGGCUCAUUGAGAUUUUACCGGAAGAAAGGAAUUGUUGAUCCUAUGCAAAUGUGUCUACAUACAUACAGGUCAAGUGAAAUUAAUGACACAACCAACUCCUAUAAGAUCAAUUCAAAAGUUGAUGAAAAUUGUUACAAAGUUGGAAGGUGGAACGAAACUGGAGACAUAACUAACAAAUCAUACGAUAUUGUGAAAUACAUGCAGAUACAUCACAACGUCACUUUAGACUACAACAUUUUUGACAGAUUAUUGUUAGCAGAGCUGAAAUUUUCUUUGAAGUCAUUCCGCCUAGAGAUGAAAGAAAGAAGUUUUCCUCCACAACUGUUUAAAGUUGAUGUCAGCAUCAAUUUUGAUGACAGAAACAAAGAUGGCCAGAUGCUGGUUACCUUAGAUACAGAUUUUGAAGAGUUAGAUCUAGACGGUACAUCCGAUAAUGAUGAUAUACAGGACCAACAGAAGGCAGGUUAUAUUGUACUAGAUUGUUUUGUGCUGGUGGUGACGAUUGUAUCUAUGAUAUUAUGUGGCAGAUCUGUCAUUAGAGCUCAGAGACUGAAACGAGAGACAGUUGAAUAUUUCAAGUUACGUCGAGGGAAGACUUUAUCCAAGUCUGAUCAAUGUGAGUUCCUGAAUCUCUGGUAUGUUACAAUCAUCAUCAAUGAUCUACUUACCAUUGUUGGAACAGCUUUCAAAAUGCAACUUGAACUCCGGAACAUGAAGAGUUCAUCCAGUAACUAUGACUACGCCGGUUUGUUGCUAGGUACCGGCAGUCUUCUAGCAUGGCUUGGUGUGUUAAGAUAUAUUGGAUUCUUCAAACAGUUCAAUAUAUUAAUAGUUACAUUGAAAAAAGCGUUCCCAAACAUGAUGAGGUUUUUAUCAUGUUGUAUGAUGUUAUAUAUUGGUUUUGUUAUAUGUGGUUGGGUGGUACUUGGUCCAUACCACAUAAAGUUUCGUCAAAUGAGUACGGCCUCCGAGUGUUUAUUUUCACUUGUAAAUGGUGAUGAUAUGUUUGUAACGUUUUCCGCUACAGUGACCAAGAACCAGCUCAUCUGGUAUUACAGUAGGAUUUACCUGUAUCUAUUCAUCUCAUUGUUUAUCUACGCUGUGUUGAAUCUAUUUAUAGCCGUGAUCAUGGACACAUAUGAAACUAUAAAGGAAUAUUAUGAGACUGGUUUUCCUAAGAGUGAGUUGUUUGAGUUUAUUGAUCAAUGUCAGGACCCAGUCCAUUCCCCGAUGUUUAGGCGAGAGGACACAAGCUGCAGUCCUUUAUCAUUGUGUUGUUGUUGUGGGAGUGAUCCAGACAGGCCAAAUGAAUACACAAGUCUUGUACAAUGAGGCAAGUAUAUCUGUGAGUGGUUGACAUGUAUAGAUGUUAAACUGAAAGAUUUACCAAGCAUAGACAUACAGUAUGUUUAUGUUCAACAUGUUAUAAUGUGUGCAUAAAAUAUGACAUGUAAACACUCAAUGACAUGUAAACACCAAGAACAUGUAAACACUCAAUGACAUGUAAACACACAGAGAAAGUACAGCUCCACAUGAAUAAAAAACAAACAAAAUUAAAGGGACUCCACUGAGGUUUUUUGACAUGAUGGGACUGAAAAUAUUUUUUCCAGAUAAAUGUACCAUUUGAUGUAGGUUUAGACCACUAAUCUUUGUGCAAAAUUUCAGAUCAUUCGCACACUUUUUUUUUCCAGAAUAAUUAUUCAAAUUGAAAAAAAAAAAUGACGCAAAAUGAAAAGCGUUUAAACGCUUUUCACUCAAAUUGGGUUAAGAAAAGCAUACAAAUACGAUUUUUAAUUUAUUACAAAGUAUAUUUCUCAACUAUCUUUGCAUAUACAU